CGACGGCAGCCGGCCAUAACUCUGCAUCCCGUACUUUGGAAGCAUGGAUAUGGAAGCUCGCCGUCGUAGCUGCCGGUCCUCGACAGAAAAAGUGCCGUCCAAGGAAGCGAAAUCCGCUCCCGACAAACGCGUCGAGGACGAACGUGACGGGACAACAAGCGAUGAUGAAAUCUGUGACGAUGUUAUUCCUGGAAACACAAAGGUGGUGAACGAGAACCGUGCCGAUCUGUCGAGACUCGAACCUCCAUCACUUCGGAAGUAUCGCCGCUUGUAUAAGCUUGGCGAAGUGCAGAACGGUGGUACAAAAGAAGAGUUGAUGCCAGCUGUAGUGCGGCACUGGAACCAGACAAUCAUUGAUGAGGAUGAGACGCUUAUUGCAUUCGCUUUAGCUUUGCGUAAACAAGCAAUUUCCGGGAUAAGUUCUGGCCUUGGAGCUAAUCGAGCAAAUGUGACCAAAACAAUUGCACGAGCUGGGUUCAAGCACCGAGUUCGCCAGUAGCCUCCGUGCUGUGAAAGGGCUGCAAGAAAAUAGCCUGUUGGGUAACGCAAGAAAAAAGAAAUACGAAGCAUACAACACUUAAAGUUACGAAGAUAGAGUUACGAAGCAAUCAAGGUUCCUCGACGAUUGCGUUUUCAGCGAAAGAGUGAAGAAACAUAGAUAGAAUCGCUCCCCCUUUUACAGAAAGUUGGUGCCUAGCUAGAGUUGCAGCGCAGAGUGCAAGGUUCACCUCCUCUAAGCUCCUCUUUGGCCAAACUUAGAACUCCGGUUUUAACAAGCAACACAGCUUCACUAAACACCCUAA